AAAGAGUUUAUAUUCUUUCCUUAUUUUGUCUUCUCUCGUCGCUCAGCCAAAAUGUUGUUCAUUUUUGUUUUUUCCUUACUCACAUGCAGCCUAGCAGCAGAUAAAGAGAGUUCCAUCCCCAAACUGACGGACGUAUCUGCAGCUGAAACCUUCAUUGACUCAGCGGAGGUGGUCAUCGUUGGGUUUUUUGAGGCUGAAGGAGGACAUGGCUACCAAGAGUUCCUCGCCGCUGCUGAAGAGGUGAAGACCCUUCCAGCAGCCUUGUGCAAGGUGAAGGAGGUGUGGGCAAAAUAUAGCAUCGACUCAGACUCCAUCGCCAUCUUCAGGAAGGCAGAUCUGCAUCAGGAAAACCUGCAGCUAUCGAAGAUGAAAAAACUUGAUACUGACGGAGUUGUCCGAUUCUUGACCAUCAACAACAUCCGCUUCAUUACAGAAUACAAUCCAGUGUCUGCUGUGGGUCUGUUUCAGUCCAAAGUGAAGGUGCACCUAGUGCUCAUGGCCAAUAGGGGGAGCUCCAACUACAAAAAGCUGAAGGGGAGGCUGGAGGCUUUGGCUCCGCAGUACACUGGCAAGUUGCUGUUCGUGCUGGUAAAUGGGAAGGACAAGGCGAAUGCACGUGCGUUGGACUACUUCCAACUGAAGUCAAGCGAUCUGCCGCGCGUCGGCCUGUACGAUGCCAAGUUGGACAAAUCGUGGCUCAUGCCACCGGGUGAGAUUUCUACUGAGCGUUUGCAGACCUUCUGUGACUCCUUCCUCAGGGGAGAACUACAGAAUGAAAAUGUGGCUGGAGAACACGAAACAAGGACUGAGCUCUGAACAUGGAUGAAAACACUUUCAUUAAAGUCUUUAUUGACACGUCAGCCUUCUGGCUAACA